CGGAACAAGCGGAACCGUUGUCACUUUCUUCCGGUGAACGAAACAAUAACAUCGCUGAAAAGAUGGCAAAUAUCGUUGAAGACGAGCUCAAAAACCUCGAAUAUUUGUCCUUGGUGUCUAAAGUUUGUACCGAACUUGACAACCACUUAGUAAUCAACGAUAAGGACCUUGCUGAGUUUGUAAUCAGUCUUGCUGAGAAACAUCCAACCAUUGAUGAAUUCAAGUCAGUGCUGGUAAAAAAAUGGAGCCGAUUUCACAGUAAGAUUUUUAAAAUCUCAUCUCUGUCAAGAAUUUGUUCCUUCAAUUUUAUGUGUUGUGAUUUUACAUUUGUACCAAAGAAUGAAAAGGACAAGUUGAAAGUGCUGUUUCCAGCUCUGUGCAGACCUGACAAUCCUAAUACUAGGAAUAUGCUGGAUGAGGAUGAUGUGAAAGUUGCAGGCGACGCCAUGAAAGAGUUGGAGAUGUUUAUGCCUAGUGUUAGUGGUACAGAACCUAGCAGCAGUAAAUACAGAUCUGAAACCAGCAGCAGCGGUAAGAAGAAGAGGAGGAGCAGAAGCCGCAGUCGGAGCAGAGACAGGGAUAGGGAAAGAGACAAAGACAGACGGAGACGGCAUCGCUCUCGCUCCCAUUCCAGAUCUCGCUCUAAUGAGAGAGACAGAAGGAAGCGCAGGAGCCGCUGGCACUCUCGCAGCAGGUCCAGGAGUCCUGCACGGGGAGACAGAGACAAAGGCUCCGACCGCUGGAAGAACAAACAUGUUGACAGGCCCCCACCGGAGGAGCCAUCUGUGGGGGAUAUCUACAACGGCAAAGUCACCAGUAUUAUGCAGUUUGGCUGCUUUGUGCAGUUGGAAGGUCUCAGGUAUGUUUUUAAUACAGAUGUUGACCAGGACACUGGUGAAGAUCUGAACCCUAACAGAAGGAGAAAUGUGGGUGGAGAAGGUCAGGAAGAGUCAGCCAUGUGGAAUCCUGACAGACCCACUAACCUCAACCUGGGCCAUGCUCCAGAGGUAGAGGAUGACACAUUGGAAUGCAAAAGACUCACAAAGAUAUCCGAUCCGGAAAAGUGGGAAAUCAAACAGAUGAUUGCUGCCAAUGUGUUGUCUAAGGAGGAAUUCCCAGACUUUGAUGAAGAGACCGGAAUUCUGCCUAAAGUUGAUGAUGAGGAGGAUGAAGACUUGGAGAUUGAGCUGGUGGAAGAGGAACCUCCAUUCCUGAGGGGGCACACCAAACAGAGCAUGGACAUGAGUCCUGUCAAGAUUGUCAAGAACCCAGAUGGAUCUCUCUCCCAAGCAGCCAUGAUGCAGAGUGCCCUGGCCAAAGAGUGACGGGAGGUGAAACAGGCCCAAAGGGAAGCCGAAAUGGACUCAAUACCCAUGGGCCUUAACAAACACUGGGGACCACUGCCUGACACCGACGGCAGGCAGAUAGCUGCCAACAUGAGGGGCAUAGGUAUGAUCCCAGAAUGGAAGAAACACGCCUUUGGUGCCAACAAGUCGUCCUAUGGAAAAAAGACUCAACUUUCUAUCCUAGAGCAAAGAGAGAGUCUUCCUAUCUACAAGCUGAAAGAGCAGCUCAUUCAGGCUGUCCAUGACAACCAGAUCCUGAUUGUGAUCGGUGAGACGGGCUCAGGGAAGACCACUCAGAUCACUCAGUACCUGGCUGAGGCUGGAUACACCACACGGGGGAAGAUCGGGUGCACACAACCCAGAAGAGUGGCAGCCAUGUCUGUGGCUAAAAGAGUGUCGGAGGAGUACGGUUGUUGUUUAGGUCAAGAGGUUGGCUACACCAUCCGUUUUGAGGACUGCACAAGUCCUGAGACUGUCAUUAAGUACAUGACGGACGGUAUGCUGUUAAGAGAGUGUCUGAUUGACCCUGAUCUGGGCCAGUAUGCAAUCAUUAUGUUGGAUGAGGCCCAUGAGAGAACCAUUCACACAGACGUGCUCUUUGGCCUGCUCAAGAAGACUGUACAGAAGCGAACUGACAUGAAGCUAUCUGCUACGCUGGAUGCUGUGAAAUUCUCACAGUACUUUUAUGAAGCACCUAUUUUUACUAUCCCUGGUCGUACAUAUCCAGUGGAGGUUUUGUACACUAAAGAACCUGAGACUGACUAUCUGGAUGCCAGUCUGAUCACAGUCAUGCAGAUUCACCUCACUGAGCCUCCAGGUGACGUCUUGGUGUUCUUGACAGUGGAGGAGAUUGACACAGCAUGUGAGAUCCUGUAUGAACGAAUUAAAUCCCUCGGUCCUGAUGUCCCAGAGCUGAUCAUCCUCCCAGUGUACUCUGCCCUGCCCAGUGAAAUGCAGACCAGGAUCUUUGACCCAGCACCACCUGGAAGUAGAAAGGUGGUUAUUGCUACUAACAUCGCAGAGACAUCUUUGACAAUUGAUGGGAUCUACUAUGUGGUGGAUCCAGGUUUUGUCAAACAGAAGGUGUAUAACUCCAAAACUGGGAUUGAUCAGCUAGUGGUUACCCCCAUCUCCCAGGCCCAGGCUAAGCAGUGGGCAGGCAGAGCAGGUAGAACAGGCCCUGGGAAGUGCUACAGACUCUAUACAGAACGUGCCUACAGAGAUGAGAUGCUCACCACCAACGUACCUGAGAUUCAGAGAACUAACUUGGCCAGCACUGUACUGUCUCUAAAGGCAAUGGGCAUCAAUGACCUUUUGUCAUUUGAUUUCAUGAAUGCUCCGCCCAUGGAGACGCUCAUUAGGGCCAUGGAGCAGCUGUACACUCUAGGAGCAUUGGAUGAUGAAGGUUUGCUCACAUGCCUCGGUCGUAGAAUGGCUGAGUUUCCUCUGGAGCCCAUGCUUUGUAAGAUGUUGAUCAUGUCCGUCCAUCUUGGCUGUAGUGAAGAGAUGAUGACCAUAGUGUCGCUCUCCGUACAGAAUGUCUUCUAUAGACCAAAGGACAAACAAGCUCUGGCAGACCAGAAGAAGGCUAAGUUUCACCAGCCUGAGGGGGACCACCUGACUUUGUUGGCUGUCUACAACUCCUGGAAGAACAACAAGUUUUCCAACCCCUGGUGCUAUGAAAACUUCAUCCAGGCGCGAUCUCUCAGGCGUGCACAGGAUAUCCGCAAACAGAUGCUGGGCAUCAUGGAUAGACACAAGCUGGAUGUGGUAUCAUGCGGUAAAGCCACAGUACGUGUACAGAAGGCCAUCUGCAGUGGUUUCUUCCGGAAUGCAGCCAAAAAGGACCCUCAAGAAGGAUACAGGACCCUCAUAGACCAGCAGGUGGUCUACAUCCACCCCUCCAGCACGUUGUUCAAUCGCCAACCAGAAUGGGUGGUGUAUCAUGAGCUUGUGCUGACCACUAAAGAGUACAUGAGGGAGGUGACCACUAUUGACCCAAGGUGGCUUGUAGAAUUUUCUCCAGCUUUCUUCAAAGUCUCUGAUCCCACACGCCUCAGCAAGCAGAAGAAACAGCAGCGGUUGGAGCCCCUCUACAACCGUUACGAGGAACCAAAUGCCUGGAGAAUAUCAAGAGCCUUCAGACGACGCUAGGACCUUCACACAAGGUCCUCAUAGACUGCGAGUGUCCCAUACUGCUGCUGAACAAAACAUCAACUUUGUGGUGUUGGCAGAGUGGAGGAUAACAUGAACAGAAGCUAAAAAUGUGUGUAAAAAACGAGGUGCCCCAUUUUUUCCACUACUGUGAACAACAUGUUUAAAUUUAUAGGAGACUUUUCAUCAAAAAUUGUAUCUAACCUGGUUUUCUCCUUUCGCUUUUUUUUUUAUAUCAGAAGCAUUUUAUAUUUUUAUUGUGGAUGUCUCCCUGGGAUUUAUGAUUGAAAUUAUCCCUACCUUUGUAUUUAAAAAAAUAAAAUAACCAGAGGGAUCAAAAUAUGAAAUAAAAUUAUCUGGGUUAUUUUACCCUGUGUUGAA